GGUGGAUUCUGGAACUACUGGCAAAUUGCUAUCAAUAAAGUCAGCUGGGACGAGAUUGGAAGGAAGCACCCGAUUUCACGCGGUACUUGUACAAGGUUUUACUGUUUCAAAUCUUUAUCACCUACCAACAAAAGAUCCAGCAUACGUGGAGAGUUACACAGUUGCCAAGAGUGGACUUUAUACAAAGGCAAAAGUGUCCAUGCAUGGAUCUCUAUGAUUGAAUGAUGGUGAUUAAACGUCCAUGGACCAUCAUAAAUCCAUUCGCCAUGAUGAUGACAAUGAUGAUGAUAACAAAAAUACCAAAAAGACAUUCGUUAUGAGAGCAUUUAUGUACAGACAUUGAUUAUAAUUCCAGUGGUAUCUAGCAGCUAUAACAGAACACUUCUCCAGACUUGUAAACGUGGCAACAGGACAUAAACCGACUCUUAAACCUGGAUGGAACCCUCGACUAAGAGACACUUACGACCUUGAAGUCAGGUACGACUCUCUGGGGUAAUGAAUUUACUGUGAAUAUCGCGGAGAGCUACGAACGUAUCCACAGGUCCAACCUGGUCGGAAUGGGCAUUAUGCCGCUGCAGUACCUCGAGGGCGACCGUGGAGACGCACGGACUCACCGGCAAGGAGCAGUUCUCGAUAACCCUGCCAGACAAGUUGAAACCUACCCAGAUAUACAGAGUUGAGAAUAUCGCGGAGAGCUACGAACGUAUCCACAGGUCCAACCUGGUCGGAAUGGGCAUUAUGCCGCUGCAGUACCUCGAGGGCGACCGUGGAGACGCACGGACUCACCGGCAAGGAACAGUUCUCGAUAACGCUGCCAGACGAGUUGAAACCUACCCAGAUAUACGGAGUAUGGUUCAGGAUCAUCGAGAGAUUGGCCAGCCAAAGGACCAUGGAUGCUGAAUAUCCGCGCUGUCAUCGCGGAGAGCUACGAACGUAUCCACAGGUCCAACCUGGUCGGAAUGGGCAUUAUGCUGCUGCAGUACCUCGAGGGAGAGACCGUGGAGACGCACGGACUCACCGGCAAGGAGCAGUUCUCGAUAACGCUGCCAGACAAGUUGAAACCUACCCCAGAUAUACGAAGUCAAGGUGAACGAUGGACGGAGCUUCAAAGAUUUCGUUCGAUUCGACACCGAAGUGGAACUGGAAUACUUCAGGAACGGUGGCAUUCUUAACUACAUGAUUCGUAACAUGCUGUAAAUAAUUGCCAUGGAAAGCGACGGUUGCUAAGGAACUGAUUAAGGAAAAUUUUGCUGUGGAAACAAACUGUUGCUAUGGAAAUGAAAUGUAAGGCUAUGAUAUUGGCAUCCGCUAGGCGGUGUUGGCUGUCACUAUGGUACGAUGGUUUGAUGGACGUCACAGGCGCCUGCCAUUGUUACAUCGAUAUUUUUGAGGCGAUAAGGCCUUUUUGUAAUGUCCUACUGACAGCCAACACCACGUAGCUGUGGUCAUAGGUUUGCUGGUGGCCAAUAGAUUUCUGCAGUACUGUGAAAAUGGGAGUAUAUGGGCACCGAUAUCAACAAACUGUGCACUUGGGGCCCCUCUAAACUCGGAGGAGUUGCCACUGUUUCGUCUUUGUGUCCGUGAGUAAGGCACUUGACCCUACUUGGUUCUCUUAACGCAGGAGUAAAUCGGUUAGUUGGCAGAAAUUAUGAUGUAAUACUCCCAGAGUGUAGAGCUUGAACCACGAAUGCACAGGCCAAUAGCUAGGGGUAAUAAUGUAAAGUUCGAACAACUGAAACAAGUUGGAUUGAGCGCUAUAGAAGUCUCAUGAUUAUUAUUACCAGUAUCAUUAUUAUUAUUAUUAUUAACUGAAGGAGAUGGUGUAGAGUUACGUUAAUACCAGCAUUAGUUGGCAUAAAGUCCAAUGGACACGAGGGUUGGCUAUAGGUACCACCAUUUUGGCUAGAACUUGGAAUCUAAAAGCAAUUAAAUCUCUUUCAAAAAACAGGUCCUUUAUGGUUCAUUGUUAUUUUCUCAUUUGUCUGAUGAUACACAUAUAUCAAUAUGAUGUGAUACUGAGAUUGUCAAAAUAAAUUAAAGAA